AUGGAGAAAGGAAAUAAAACUAUUGUGUCUGAAUUCAUCCUUCUGGGAUUUCACUCCAUCCACUCUGCUGAAAUUCUAAUCUUCAUCACCUUCUCCCUCAUAUAUGCAGUGACCAUUGCAGGUAAUGUCACACUAAUUGCACUAGUAUUGACAAGUCACCAUCUUCAGUUGCCUAUGUACUUUUUCUUGAGUAACCUUUCAUUCCUGGAACUCAUGAUCACCUCAACUGUCAUGCCUAAGAUGCUAGUUAAUAUUAUCACAGGGAAGAAGACCAUCUCCUUUGUGGGCUGCCUUACACAGUCAUUCUUCUAUUUCCUGAUGGGAUCAACUGAAUUCUUCAUCCUGGCCAUCAUGUCCUUUGAUCGCUACCUUGCUGUAUGCUACCCACUACGCUAUGCAUCCAUUAUGAACAACAAAGCCUGCUUUCAGCUUCUUUUGGGGUCAUGGGUUGGUGGUUUCAUGAUUAUUCUAGUUCCCAGCAUUGUGACAGCUGGCCUACCAUUCUGUGGCCCAAAUGUUGUCAACCACUUCUUCUGUGACAGUGCUCCCUUGCUCAAACUUGUCUGUGCUGACACAUCAUUGGCUGAAAAGGUUGAUUUUGGGACCUCUUGCAUACUGCUCUUGGGAUCACUUCUUAUAACAGUUGUGUCCUACAUUUAUAUUAUUAUUGCGGUCCUGAGGAUACCAUCAGCACAAGGUCGUCAGAAGGCUUUCUCAACCUGUGUGUCUCACAUUACUGUGGUAACACUGUAUUAUGGGAGCUCUAUUUUCAUUUAUGUUCGCCCCACUAAGGGAAAUGUUCUGGAUUUCAAUAAAAUGGGCACUGUGCUGAACACAAUGGUGACUCCCAUGCUAAACCCUUUCAUAUAUAGUCUCAGGAAUGAAAAGGUGAAGGAUUCCAUGAGAAAUAUCUUGAAGAAGAACAUAGUUAUCCUUAAAAAAUGA